UCUCGAUUAGAAUCAUCUUCACUUCUUUCUCUGUCGAAUCAAAAUCUCAGAAAAGGGGAAAUUCCCGAUCAAAUUUUUCUAGGGUUUACAAAAAAUGGCGCCAUCUAAACAUGCGGUCUUCAAUAUCUACAAAUCUCUUUCCGGUGGAGCUGCAAGUGGAGUAUGCAGGUCUCGUAGUGUUGUUGCUCCAUUAGAGCGUUUGGAAACUUCGCUUCAGGGUUCCAACUGCAUACGUAUUGUCCCAAAUUCUGCAGUCAAAUUCUUCAGCAACGACCAAGCAUCAAGGGACAACAACUCUGAGCCGAGUGUUAACAUGAGGCUUGAUGCCAUUCGCCCAAGGAUGCAGAUGGCAGGAUGGAGCAAUGCUUCUUCAACUACCACUGGUGAGAAGACUAGCAAAGUUCCAGUUGAAUAUUCAGUCAUGGUUGAUGCAUUCCGUAAAAGAGUACAAAAUGAGCGUUUUGGAGCAUUACCUAGAGGCUUAGUAGCUAAUUCUGCAAAGGUGGUUCCAUCCAGGGCAAUUUUUGGGCGACAUUUACAUUCUUCGACGCCACGAGAGGGAGAAGCAAAUCUCCUACGUCCCUUAUCUCCUCAUCUUCCCGUUUAUAAGCCACAGAUCUCCUCGACGGUUUCAAUUUCCAACAGAAUCUCUGCGUCUUUCCUAAGCGCUCUGUUUCUCUCUAGUUCCUUUGUAUGUCUGGAGAUGAGUCAGCUCUGCCUCACCUAUGGAUCAUUCAACCAAUUCUUGUUCUAUUCAUCAAAGCUCGUCCCAAUCUCGCUCGAGCUCGCUGCCCUAGCCACAGCCUUUCAUCUGUUUUAUGGAGUUCGUGAUAUAUUGAGGACCAAUGGUGUUAUCAAAGUUUGAGGAGUAUACCCGGCUAUCAUAGCCUUCUUCCGUUUUUUUUCCAGACCAACUUCUUUCAUAUAGCUCAGUGGGGCCGAGGAACAUCAGAAACAUGUAAGAUGAUACUUUUACCUUCUCAUUGUUAGUGCAGUCAGUCAAUCAGUGAAUAAGAGGAGUUUUGUGUAAUGCAAAAUGUGAAUUUGCAUAUGAUGAUAAAAGAGAGGCAUUUUGUCAAUCUUAUUAGAUGACCUGUUUGAUGGUUACCUUUCUCGUUACGUUCUUUCUGCUUCUUAAGAGUCAUCGGUCUGUAAGAUGUGGCUAGUGUUGGAUUGUCUUGUGUUUCCAUUAAAGCUAAUUUUAAACAAGUGCACGCCACCAAUGCACAGGG